AUGUCUGAAACCUUCAAACCGAUUUCAGAAUUGCAUUACGGAUCUCCAGGAACAACACUUCAGGGUGGUGCAAUUCAAAUUUUAGGGCAAAGAAAAGAUCAAGGCUAUGUACAAUCUAUCCUACAAGUUUCCAAAGGUUAUACUAUUUCAAAUUAUGGAUGUAGAGAGCCUAAUUCCUAUAAAAAGUGGAUAGACAAUCCAAUAUACAUCGCUAUCGGCAUGGCUUCUUCCAUAACAUUACUUCCAGAUACUAAUACUAUUCCUCGAAAUUGGUUCAAGUUUAUAUCAAAAGGACAGAUUCCAGACUUUGUUGACCAGUGCCCAGACUUUUUAGGAAUAUUCGUGAAGUUUAGAAGUCGCUUCAAGAAGAACAACGAACCCUUCUUCCUUCCAAUUCUCAAAAAUGAUUCGUUCAAACUCUCAGGAACUAUUACUGACCCAACUAACUUCGUGGAUGUAACUUUCACUGACAAUGUUAUGCAAAAACUAACGGGUACAACAUCAGAAAUGCUAAUAGAUGAAAAAGAUCCGGAUAACAUAAAGAAAUUACCAUCCGCAGUCAACGAGAUUAAAGGCUUAGUUAAGAAAAUGGCAUUGCAGAUGAUGAAAACAUCCACCAAUGAUAACCUUUGUUUCAUCAUCACUGAUGUCAAAGAAAAUACAAUUAAACAGAAUCCAACCCCAUUUACACCGACUCCAAAAACUCCACCGAAUACCAAAACAACCAACAUCCAUUCUUCAUCAUCUUCUGGACCACAUCAGCAUUUAAGUAGAAGAUCUCUCACUUAUGAACGUGAAGAUAACGAAGAAUCGUCGGCCCCACCAAAAUGUUCAUGCUAUCUACAAUAA